AUGGAUGAGGCUACCAUGAAGCACCUUUGGGAUUUUGCGUGGGCAACACCACGCAAGGAAUAUGGACCAAUGUCGCGCAAGCAGAAAGCCGAAAAUCCUGCAGAAUGGGCGGGAUUUGUGAUCCGCAUGAUGCUGCUGUUACUUUACUUGGUCUCAAUGAUCUGUCUCCUGCGUUAUGAUGAGGCCUUGCGGAUUACUUGGGCAGAUAUAACUUUUCAAGUCAAGGACAACGUGAUCGAGGACAACUGGCUCGACACAUCCACAGAUCUAUUUCUUCAGGACACAACCACAUUCCGACCCGUUGACUUCCGUGUGAAACUUGAGCUGCCAUUCAGAAAAACGCAUCAAUAUGGAGGCAUAGCACCAUUCUAUAUAUAUCCUGACGAGGAGCGUCCGUGGAUGUGCUUGGUGCGGAUGUUUGCAGUUUGGUGGGUAUUGGCGAGGGAAAGGUGCGAGAACCUUGAUGGCUUCAUUUUUCGGAAGAAAAUCAGUACCGACAGUAUUAGCGUGAAUCCCACAGACGGCAUGACCUCUGAUGCGUUCCUCGAGUGUUUUCGCAAUAACCUCCUGGAUAUUGGUGUGGAUCCACGUCCUUAUGGCACUCACUCCUUUCGGUGGGGCGGGUGUCAGUUUUUAUACAAGGUAUGCAGGUGGGACUUUCGGGACAUAUGUGACUGGGGAGGAUGGGCCGAAAACUUUGACAAUCCAGGUACCAUCUUUAAAUACUGUCGUGGAAUGACAAUCCCUGGGAGCAACGGGAGCACUACAUGA